AUGCAUUGUGAUACUCGCUUUCCCCAAGGGAUACCCACGCUCCCCAAGGGAUAUCCACGCUCCCCCAAGGGAUACCCACGCUCCCCCAAGGGAUACCCACGCUCCCCCAAGGGAUACCCACGCUCCCCCAAGGGAUACCCACGCUCCCCAAGGGAUACCCACGCUCCCCAAGGGAUACCCACGCUCCCCCAAGGGAUACCCACGCUCCCCAAGGGAUACCCACGCUCCCCAAGGGAUACCCACGCUCCCCCAAGGGAUACCCACGCUCCCCAAGGGAUACCCACGCUCCCCAAGGGAUACCAACGCUCCCCAAGCGAUACCCACGCUCCCCAAGGGAUACCCACGCUCCCCAAGCGAUACCCACGUUCCCCAAGGGAUACCCACGCUCCCCAAGGGAUACCCACGCUCCCCAAGGGAUACCCACGCUCCCCCAAGGGAUACCGACGCUCCCCAAGGGAUACCCACGCUCCCCAAGGGAUACCGACGCUCCCCAAGGGAUACCCACGUUCCCCAAGGGAUACCCACGCUCCCCCACGGGAUACCCACGCUCCCCAAGGGAUACCCACGCUCCCCAAGGGAUACCCACGCUCCCCAAGGGAUACCCACGCUCCCCAAGGGAUACCCACGCUCCCCCAAGGGAUACCCACGCUCCCCAAGGGAUACCCACGCUCCCCAAGGGAUACCCACGCUCCCCAAGGGAUACCCACGCUCCCCAAGGGAUACCCACGCUCCCCAAGGAAUACCCACGCUCCCCAAGGGAUACCCACGCUCCCCAAGGGAUACCCACGCUCCCCAAGCGAUACCCACGUUCCCCAAGGGAUACCCACGCUCCCCAAGGGGUACCCACGCUCCCCAAGGGAUACCCACGCUCCCCCAAGGGAUACCCACGCUCCCCAAGGGAUACCCACGCUCCUCAAGGGAUACCGACGCUCCCCAAGGGAUACCCACGUUCCCAAGGGAUACCACGCUCCCCCAAGGGAUACCCACGCUCCCAAGGGAUACCCACGCUCCCCAAGGGAUACCCACGCUCCCCAAGGGAUACCCACGCUCCCCAAGGGAUACCGACGCUCCCCAAGGGAUACCGACGCUCCCCAAGCGAUACCCACGUUCCCCAAGGGAUACCCACGCUCCCCCAAGGGAUACCCACGCUCCCCAAGGGAUACCCACGCUCCCCAAGGGAUACCCACGCUCCCCAAGGGAUACCCACGCUCCCCAAGGGAUACCCACGCUCCCCAAGGGAUACCCACGCUCCCCGAGAGCCUUACUUUGCGCAAGUGCACUCUCACUCGCCUGAUGCCUUAUUAUUUAAGCCAAGACAACGCAGAAUGGAGAUGA